CUAGAUUGUGGGAUCAAAAUGGAUAUCUAGAGUGGGACUUUGGAACUCUUCAACGUAACAGCAACAACCCUACUGCAUGUAAUGCACCCGGCCUUCCCGCGUUUCAAAUUAAUCUUCGGGUUGCGGAAGUUUUUUGGGAUCUAUUAAUUCCAUUUCCAGCUGGGUAUACACCAGCAGCUCCUCCUGCGAUUACUGCUACAAAUUUUAGUAUUGAUCUUUACCAAAUUCAAAGAUCAGUUUUAAGACAACAAGGAAAUUGA